UCUUCUGCUGUACCGUGUGACCCCGCCCUGAGAUGGGUGGCUCAGCUGGGAGCCGAGCUGUGCUUUCCCACGCCUUGCCUGACAGCGUCCCAGAGCACCAGUCGGUUCCCUCCGCCGACCGGACAGUGGCCCGGCCCUCGUGCCUCCCCGACAUGGAGCCUCAGAGCGGCCGCUUCUCGAGGUGCCACCGGGUGGGCAAGGUGAGGCGACGGGUGCAGCAGAUACGAUACAGAUCAUUCCUCGUGUCAGAGAUAGACCUGAGCCACAACGAGAGCGCCCGCCUGGCCACUGACGCCCUACUGGACCGCAGCCUGGCCGCCUAUCGCGAUGUCCUGGCGCAAGAGGUAGAAGUGGACUUCCUGUCCCGGGAGGAGAAGGACUACAUCCUAAAGAACACUAACGGUCCCAGAGGGGAUGAGGAAUGGGACCCGGAGCAGACAGACGCUUCCUCGAGGUCUUCUGAGAUGUACUGCCCUGAUGUCGUGGACGCCAAGCCAUCCGACUUUGAUCGCCGCUUUCCCGUUACUCAGGGUAGUUUCCAGCUGCAGGAGCCUCCCACAGUGGAGGUGCUUCUUGGGUCCAACAGAACGAGCAGCAUACGAGACCUUCUGCGCGAGUCCAUCAACAAGGCUACCACUGUGCUGGCAGUCGUCGUCGACGCUUUCAGCGACGUGGAGAUAUUCUGUGACAUCUUGGAGGCCACGGGAAAACGCGGCGUGUUCACCUACCUACUGCUGGAUCGCGAGAACAUCCAUCUCUUCGUGGAGAUGUGCCAGAAGCUGCAGAUCGCUGCUCCCCAGCUGAAACGGAUGUCGAUCCGCAGCGUUGGGGGGGGCACGUACCGCGCCAAGUCCGGCAAGAAGUUCAGCGGCCUGGUCAAGGAGAAGUUUGUCAUCAUCGACCGCACCCAGGUUCUCGCAGGGUCCUUCAGCUUCACCUGGCUGUCCUGGAAGAUCCACAGGGGCGUCAAUAUCCUUGUCAAGGGCAGCAGUGUUGAGCCCUUUGACCUGGAGUUCCGCCAGCUCUAUGCCUCCUCUGAGCCCAUUCCUGGCAUUCCCGGGCAACCGGACCCGACCCACAGGCCUCUGCCUCCAAUCCAGGCGAUGACCACGCCCUUUACCCACACCCAGGAGCCGGGUGCCCAGCCAAGCUUUUGGGCACCUUUUGCAUCACCACCUGCCCCCAUAUCUUGGCGCCCCAUCAUCCACCGACCGUUAUUUUGCAGCAACCAUGCCACAAGUGACCUGAGCUGGCGAACCAUCCACCACGGCCCGGUCCUGCCUGUAACCAGGCCUAACAGGCUGGUCCUGGGAUUGUAUCAUUCUAGCUACGUUGCUCCACCCUCACGAGGAGGAAUAUGCUCAGUAACUGGUGAGAAAACUGGCACCAAUUCAACAGAAACGGUUUAUUUGUGCAUGGCCAGUCAGCCACACAGUACGGGUCAGUAUGCAGCUAACUGCUAAUGACGCUGUAUUCAGGAAAGCCUGUAUUUGCACAGAAUUCGGCAUUUAAGCAGCCAAGGCUGUGUGUGAGACUUGUGGGAGCCCAAAGUUUAGCUAGCUCCCGCUAGGAAUCUGCGAUCUUAAUGGGAGCAACCUGCUUAUCUGGCAGACUCACCUACUACAGUGGCUAUGGAUAAAUCAAUGAAAAGAACUCACUAAAUAGAUUCUUUGUCGGUAAACAUUUAAAUGUAAUGCCACUGAUAUUGAAUACAGCAAAAAUGAGCACA